AGCCUUAUCAGUUACAGAAAGUCCUUCCUUCUUUCUUGCUUUACACCCGUUUGACCUGCAAUGGGACUGAGGUGGGGACAGAAUCAUAGGAAGGUACCGAAAAAGGUAGGGCAAAAUUUCUGUAAAUAGAGAGGCAGGGAAAAAAAAAGCUUUUACAGCUCUGUUCAUAUCAGAUGCGCACAGAGUAGCUAGAGCGUAACAGUAUAGUGGAGUGAGGGAGUAAGCUCCUCAGAUGAUUUUACACUGUGAGUCGGAGCUGUUUGACCAACUGUGAUGCACAACACGUUCACGGGAUAGGUUCCACGGGAUUUUGCACAAAAAAACCACAGCACACAGCGUUCUCUAAUCUCUGAAGGUACCUUACCUGUUUGUAUAGAAGAAAGCAGGAUGCCGGAACCUGAGGUAUUACAAACAACAACAACAACAACAAUGUCCAGUGCCACAUCAGACACACCCAUAACAGCUCCUCCUAAAGAUGAGGACCAAGCCUGGGAUGCAGCUCCGGAAUGUACCAUUUGCUUCAGCUCAUAUGAUAACACCUUUAAGACACCUAAGGUUCUGCAGUGCAAUCACACGUUUUGUCUGGAGUGCCUGUCUCGCUUUGUUGUUGUUUCACUACAACAGAAAGGCACCCAGAUUACCUGUCCCCUUUGCAGACAACCAACAUCUGUUCCUGAAAACGGUCCACCAGCUCUGACCACUAGCCAGGAGGUUUUGGGGCAACUGCCCAGUAACCAGCAGCAAGAGGAACAUGUGUGGCUAGAUGGAGAAAGGCUCUGCUAUGCAAACCCACAGACACCCAAUGGUGUCUGCAUAGACAUUGGGGGUAGCAAACAACAGGAUGAGAACAGACAAGAAGAAACAGGGGAUAAUAGGAAUAGCCUCAGAAAUUGCACAAGACUAUGCAGAAAGUGGCAGCGACUCCUUAUCUUCCUGGUGGUGUUGAUCAUACUGCUCAUUAUAAUCAUCUGGCCCAUCCAGUGCAUCUUCAGACAGGGCUCGAUAUCAGGCUGCUUACAGAAGCAGGACGAACAUGACUUUCAUGCCCUUCCUACAGCUUCAACCAGCACACAUACGUGAAUGUUGCCAGGAUUGAAUUCUUCCGGUGAGCCUGCCGUAAAAUUGACUUUUGGUUUAAAUUCCUCAGGAAUAUUUAAAGACAGUGCCAAAAUCAUGUAAUAAUUAAAAUCCAACUCUUCCACAACAAUGCAGAUUUCUGCAUCUUGGACACUGUGUACCGUUGCAUACAGGGUUAAGUUAAAUUUUUUUGGAAGUUUUAUCUCUAUUUCCUAGCAUUCUGAAAAAUACAAAAUUCUUAUUAUUGCUGCUGAAAUCAACUGAGCCAAAGAUCUAACAAAAUGUUACUGAUAAAGGUUGAAUCCUUAAAUUAGUUUGUCUUUCUGUUGUAACUGUGACAAAACAUCAGUCAAUUAAAGUUGAUUAUUGUUGAAAAAUCAA